UCACUGUGCAAAUAUUAUAUGUUCAUUAUGUUCUGACCCACCGACUUUAACUCAGAAAACAAUUGUCCCGAAGCCAAACCUAGUUGACGAACCCUGUUUUAUAGUAUUCCAUGGCCUUUACUGGCCAACUGCUGUUAUGGUUAUGAUAUACUAUGGUGUUGUGUCACUAGACUUUGACCAGAUAUUAUUGCAUCCAAAGAUCAACUGUACCUAGAACAUAGAUACAGAGACACUUGUCAUCAGGAAGGUUCUCUCUCAGCACAACGGAAAAUAUCUCAAUGACUUGACAUGUUCUGGUUGUGAAUUCAGGCUACAAGGGGACAGUUCUCUAAAAUGAGUCUCUCUGGAGCGAGAAAGAAGGGGGGCCCUGCCUCUAAAAUGAGACUCUCUGGGGAGAGAGAGGAAGGGGGCCCUGCCUCUAAAAUGAGUCUCUCUGGAGCGAGAAAGAAGGGGGGCCCUGCCUCUAAAAUGAGACUUUCUGGGGAACAUGACACCAAAGCUAAGAGUCCAAUCAAGCAGGAGAGACCAGCCUCCCCUGUUCCCAGCUGUGUGUCCAUGAAGAGUGACCAGUCUAUGGGUCCUCCUAUAACCUUUAGAGAGGGAGACUUUUCUACUGAACAAAGACCAAUCAAGCAGGAGAGACCAGCCUCCCCUGUUCCCAGCUGUGUGUCCAUGAAGAGUGACUGGUCUAUGGAACCUCCUAUAGUGUUUAGAGAGGGAGACUUUUCUACUGAACAAAGAAACCAACAGGAGAGAUCAGAGUCAGAGAUUCUCAGUGGUCAGUCUUCCCAGAGUCAUCAAACAGACCUGGCCUCCAUAUUCAGUAUGCUUGAAGAGAAAAUUAUGACAUUUGUGAAGAACGAGCUGAAGAUGUUCAAGAGGAUUCUUAGUCCAGAACUCCCAGAAGGCUUUGAGAGUCAGAAGCAGGAUAAGGAAGUGGUGGAUGCUGAAGAUGAGAAGCAGGAGAGCAGUGCCAGAGAGGGGGCUCUGAAGAUCACACUGCACAUCCUGAGGAAAAUGAACCAGAAGGAGCUUGCUGACACACUGGAGAAAUAUUCAGAUGAGCUUGCUGUGAUUUGCCAACGUGAACUCAAAUCUAAUCUAAAGAAGAAGUUUCAAUGUGUAUUUGAGGGGAUCGCUAAACAAGGAAACCCAACACUUCUCAAUAAGAUCUACACAGAGCUCUACAUCACAGAGGGUGGAACAGGAGAGGUCAAUAAUGAACAUGAGCUGAGACAGAUUGAGACAACAACCAGGAAACAAGCAAGACCAGAGACUGCAAUCAAAUGUAACGACAUCUUCAAACCCUUAACUGGACAAGACAAACCUAUCAGAACUGUGCUGACAAAGGGAGUCGCUGGCAUUGGAAAAACAGUCUCUGUGCAGAAGUUCAUUCUGGACUGGGCUGAAGGAAAAGCAAAUCAGGAUGUCCAAUUUGUAUUUUCAUUCCCUUUUCGGGAGCUGAAUUUGAUGAAAGAGGACAAACACACUUUCAUUGAACUUCUUAAUCACUUCUCAAUGGAAACCAAACAAUCAAGAAUCUCCAACUACAACAAGUACAAAGUUCUGUUCAUCUUUGAUGGUCUGGAUGAGUGCCGACUGCCCCUAGACUUCCAGAAGAACAAGAUCUGUUGGGACGUCACAGAGUCAACCUCAGUGGAUGUUCUGCUGACAAAUCUCAUCAAGGGAAAUCUGCUUCCCUCUGCUCUCCUCUGGAUAACUACCCGACCUGCAGCAGCCAAUAAGAUCCCUUCAGGGUGUGUUGACCAGGUGACAGAGGUACGAGGGUUCAAUGACCCACAGAAGGAGGAGUACUUCAGGAAGAGAUUCAGUGAUGAGGACCUGGCCAGCAGAAUCAUCUCACACAUAAAGACAUCAAGGAGCCUCCACAUCAUGUGCCACAUUCCAGUCUUCUGUUGGAUUUCUGCAACAGUCCUUGAACACAUGCUGAAACAUAAGAGAGAAGAGAUGCCCAAGACUCUGACUGAGAUGUACACACACCUUGUGGAGUUUCAUACCAAACAGAAGAAUGAAAAGUAUCUUGGGAAAGAAGAGACAGGUCCACACUGGAAUAAAGAGAGCAUUCUGUCACUGGGAAAACUGGCUUUUCAACAGCUUGUGAAGGGCAAUCUGAUUUUCUAUGAAGAAGACCUGAAAGAGGCUGGCAUUGAUGUUAAUGAAGCCUCAGUGUACUCAGGAUUGUGCACACAGCUCUUUAAAGAGGAAUGUGGGCUGUACCAGGACAAGGUGUACUGCUUUGUUCAUCUGAGCAUUCAGGAGUUUCUGGCUGCUGUAUAUGUGUUCCUCUCAUUCAUCAACAACAAUGAGAAUCUAAUGGACAAACUGCAAACAACGUCCAGGAACUUUUCUGUGAGCCUAAAGUCUGAAGUUACUGUCUACAAGAGUGCUGUGGAUAAAGCCUUACAAAGACCAAGCGGCGUGGUGACAAGCAGCGGCAGCAGGAGCAGCGAAAUCAAGAUUUCUGGACUUGGAAGGAAAUCUUGGACGGAAAAGGACCCUGGGCACAGCCAGGAGAAUAUCGCCGCCCCAAAGAAGAGCUGGAGGCGUUGA